UGGAUUUGACCAAGCACACUCUUGUCCCAUCACAUUAAUGCUCCCAACUUGGGCAACACAUUAAUGCCCCCACUUGAUCACAAGCUCGCGCAACCAAUUGUUUUGAAAUGGUUUAAUAAUUCUCUAAGUCUGUCCAUAUGUUCGAUAGUUUAGUUGCGAUGUAGUGCGCCUGUUUUUCCUUGUUUCUUCCGAACUCCCUUCCUAGCAAGGUGGAGAAAAUUUGUAACGUGUGGACUCGUCUUUACUCAUUUAUUUUGAUUCUAUCUUGUACUAAAGUUUUCCAUUUUGUAGUAGAAAAAAGACCGACAAAACCCCUCUCGUUCCCAAAAUUCCAACUUGAAAGGUAAGUGUUUGAAAGAAUCGUCCAACACAAUCUCCUUAGCCCCUUCCCCUUUCUCUUUCAAAAUUCAAUGCCCAAAACUGGUAUUUUCCUCAUAUAAUUGUCAGCAGAUGAUUAUAUUUGUUAUUAGUCCAAAACCCUGAAAAAAAAAUACAACAAGUUAUCAUGUUCCGGGCUCUUUGCUUCUUUUGCUUAGCGGUUGGGUUUGUCCUGUUGGACGGAUCCUCCACAGAAGCUAAGACUAAUGAAACCCACGAAACCCACUUGAGAUGUGAUUCCAACAACCCAAAAAGAGGUGUAAGGAUGGGAGUUAUUGCUGAUAAUAGCUCAAGGGUGGGGCGAGAACAGAUUGUGGCCAUUCAGAUGGCUUCCAAACAUUAUCGUUUUCUUAAUUCAUGCCAUUCAGUGGAGCUUCUCCUUGUGACUUCGCCGGAUAACUCCGCCCACGCAACCGCUGCAGCUUUUGAUCCAACUACCAACAAAGAAGUGGAAGCCAUGUUUGGAACAUUGACUAGGGAGGAAGUAUCUUCAAUCUUCGAGCUUCAUAAAGCCUCGAUGAAUAUCGCUAUAAUGUCGUUACGUUCAGCUUCCUUAGUACCGCCACAGACGAACCCAAUUCAGACGUCGUCGUUUAUUCAAAUGGGUAACGAUAUCACCCACCAACUGCAAUGCAUUGCAGCCAUAGUUGGCAAAUUCCAGUGGCAGAGAGUUACUGCUCUGUACGAGCAGAGGAAUAACGACUUUACGACCAAUCUGGCAAUUCUAAAGCUCCUCUCUGAUUCACUUCGAGAUGCCAACUCAGAGAUUGAAAAUCACAUUGCUUUCUCUUUAUCAGAUCCUAAGCUACUCAUCGAAGAGAAGCUUAUGAACCUUAGCAGUAACAGUAACAGAGUGUUCAUUUUGGUGCAAUCUUCAAUGGAGUUAGCCACCCUUCUCUUCAAAAAAGCAACCAAAUUGAACAUGAUGACAAAUGGGUACGUGUGGAUUGUUGCGGAUGAGAUGGCCAACCUUCUUGAUUCUUUAGAUUCCUCUGUUUUCCAUAACUUACAAGGCGUAAUUGGGUGUAAGAUCAAUUAUGGAGAAAGAAGAAGGUCUUUCAAGAAAUUCAAAACCCAAUUCCGGAGGGAUUAUUUAUCUGAAUUCCCAGAAGAAGAAGGACAAGGUGAGCCAAGUAUCUUUGCACUUCGAGCUUACGAUGCAUAUUGGGCCAUUGCCUCCACCAUGGACAAGUUGCAAGGAAAUGAAUGGGCGCAGAAAGUGGUUGAAAGUAAAUUUGAAGGUGUAAGCGGUGUGGUCAGCUUUAAGAAUGGCAUAUUGUCACAAUUACCCAUCUUCCAAAUCAUUAACGUUGUGGGUAAAAGCUAUAGAGAGAUUGCAUAUUGGUCCCCAGAAUUUGGAUUUUGUGAUAAAUUACCCCAACAAACAAGAGCAGGAAACGUAACCAUCGAUUCAUGGGGCCUAGUGGUGUGGCCAGGUAACGGCAGAAGGGUGCCAAGGGGAUGGGAUUUUAGGUACGGAAAGAAGGUAUUGAAGUUGGGGGUUCCAACCACGGCUACUUUCCUUGAUAUGGUUCAUGUGAACUAUAAUCACACGGAUGGGGCGCCUCCUCAUAUCGCGGGAUACUCCAUUUCUGUGUUUAAAGCAGUUGCACACAAUUUGCCUUACUUUUUGCCGUACGAGUUGGUUCCCUACAAUGGGACUUACGAUAGUUUGAUGCAAAAAGUGGAGAAAAAGGAGUUUGAUGGAGCCAUAGGAGACUUUGGGAUAGUGGCGCAUCGACUCCAGUAUGUGGAAUUUUCUGAGCCAUAUUUGGAAAAUGCAGUGGUGAUGAUAGUGAAGGAGAAGCCAUUGGAGUGGACGCAAUUAUGGCUUUUCAUGAAAGCUUUCAAUGCACAAAUGUGGCUCAUAAUGCUUUCCAUGCAUAUAUUUGUAAGCUCUGUCAUUUGGCUGAUUGAGCGCGAACAUAAUGAUGCAUUGAGGGGUUUUGGAAACAUGCUGUGGUUCUCUGUGUCUGUCCUUUUUUAUGCCCAUGGAGAACCAAUAAAGAGUGGAUUGGCUCGAUUGGUGUUGGGGCCAUGGCUAUUCGCCAUCCUCAUAAUAACAUCUAGUUUCACAGCCAGCCUGUCGUCCAUGAUGACAAUCACCAUGUCCAAACCACCGGUUUACGACAUUGAAUCACUGAAACUGAAGAAUGCGACAGUGGGAUGCACACAAAACUCUAUAGUGAUGCGAUUCUUAUCUCAGGCCUCUAUUCCCCCAGAGAAUGUGAAACAACUCCCCUCCGUGGAUUUGUUCCCAAUCGCCUUGGAAACGGGAGAGAUCCAAGCGGCCCUUCUCACAGCUCCUCAUGCAAGAAUCUUCCUCGCUAAGUACUGCAAAGGCCUCACCAAACUCACCCUCUUCAACCUGGUCGGCAUGGGUUUUGCUUUUCCCAAAGGAUCUCCCCUCACUUUGGACAUAUCCUUGUCAAUCGCGGAGCUGAUCGAAAGAAGAGAAAUGCCGGAUUUCGAGGCCACAUUGCUAUCUACUUUCAAUUGCUCAAACCACAAAAGCUUAGACGGGGGAUCGGGUUUAGGACCCGGUCCUUUUGCCGGGCUGUUCCUGUUUUCAGGUGUCAUUGCCUCCAUCGCAGUUUUAUUCACAGCUACUCAUCUCGCAUUAAUGAAGCUGCGGUGGAUCCAAAACCCCUUUUCAACCAAAAACCCCUUUUCAGCCAAAAACCCCUUUUCAACCAAAACCCAUUUCCCCAAUUGGUUUGCUUUUAAACACUCCUCUUCAUCAAUCCUUCAACCUAUGAAAUGAAAAGAAAAAUAGAAGAUAAUCUCAGUCAACGCAACUGUAGUUUUGGUAAUCAAUUUUGUAUCAUCAAAUCCCAUUAUAUAUAUAAAAAAAAACUAAUUUUGAUG